AUGGCUGAGAAAAAUAAAUGCCAAACUUGUAAUAAAGUUACCGGAGCAAAGGACAUACUACAUUGCAGAUUUUGUUGCUCAGCAGCUGUCCAUUGGAGAUGUAUUGGCAUGUCUGAUUCAACUAUGAAGGAGCUCCAGCAACCUAAUAAUUUUGUAUGGAUGUGCAACAGUUGCAUUGGGCAAAUUGAACUAUUCAGAUUAAACAGUCAACUGAAUGAGAUGUCUGUUGAAAUAAGGAAGUUACAGGAGAGCAAUGCCAAAAUCAGUGAUCAAGUUAACUAUAUACAGGACAAACUUGACAGUGGUGAGAUUGAUAAUAACUUUGGUGACAAAAUAACGACACUCCAGGAGAAUCUGAAGAAAUCUUAUGCAGAUACCCUGAAGGAUGUGGUAGUCGCAAACGUUGUGAAGGUUAAUAACAGGGUAACUAACAUGAACGAUGGUAUCCAAGCAUUAAAGGUGGAGGUCAUAAAGACGAAGGAAACAAUUCAGUCCAUCAGUGAAAUUGAGGAAAGAUCAUGCAAUUUGAUAAUCUUUAGAUUGAAAGAAAAUGUUGAUCUGAGUGUUAGUGAUGGCAGAAGGGAGGAUGAUGAAAACAUUUCACGUAUCCUUGGAACAAUAUUAAAGGACAAAGUUGAUAAAUUUGAUGUUGUUAAACAGUUUAGACUGGGCAAAAAAACCGAGAAAACCAGACCGCUGCUUGUCAGGCUGAAGUCUAAGUCUUUGAAAAAUUUGAUUAUGGAAAACUUGUCAAAUCUGAAGAAUCUUGAUGAAGAUUUGAGGGGGAUCAGCGUCGGGCAUGACUUGACAAAGGAGCAGAGAAAUGAUUGUAAAAAAACUGAUUGA